AUGUCGGAGCAUCGGCAGCGCGGUCUUGCAGCUCUAGGAGAGCUACUCGACAGGGAGCACGAACCUGCGCAGCUAGGAAGAUUUGCUCAGCUUUGUCCUCGUCCCAGUCUGUUGUUCGUCGGCCCCAAAAAGCAGCUGCGAGAGGCUGCAAAGAGGCCCUCGGCACUGUUCUGUGUGCGAGCGAAGCUUGAAACCUACAGGGUCAGAGUCGCGAAGGCAGAUGUUCGUGCCGGACAGAUCAGCCUCUUCAAGGCACACCUCGACUUGGCUCGGGAGCUGGAUCUGCCUGUGAACGUGCACUCGCGCAACGCAGAGAAGGAAGCGCUCGACAUUCUUGCUCGUUAUGAUGAUGUACGAGGAGUCAUGCACGCAUUUAAGGGGCCUGCGGCUUUGGCGGUCCAAGCCACCAAGACCGGGCGGUUGUGGUUUUCCUUUCCGCCCUCUCUGGUCUACAAGUGGGAGUACCAGGAAGCCGUGAAAGCUUUGCCCUUGGAGCGUCUCCUCCUGGAGACCGACAGCCCAAGCCUUGCCGCUGCGGGGCCGAAGGCCCGAAACGAGCCGGGUUUGAUUCGAGCUGCCGCAGAGAAGAUGGCAGAGCUCCAGGGCGUGACUCUUGAGGAGGUGGCGGCAGUGACCACGCAGAAUGCUGUGCACCUCUUUGGCAAAGCUUCGCCUGGUCUUCAGGCACGCACAGUGCCGGGGACAUCCGGUACUUCGAGUGGGAAAGCUGCACGGUGGCGAAGGGAUGCCAAGGACCAUGUCCAAAUUGCAGCAGAUCCUCCUGAACCUGGUCAUGUCCCAUGCGAUCUGUCGAGGCAGCGUUGGUCGCGCCGAAGUCGAGGUGCACAGGCUUGCACGAUGGACCCUACGCUUUGCUCCUCUGCCUUCGGCCCGUUGCAUUGUGAUUGA